AUGAACGUGACCAGCCUGCUGAAUUUCGAGUCGAUGAAGUACAUCGGCGCCCAGACGCAAGCGGCGUCAAUAAAUCAUCACGUGGCCCAGGCCCUUCGUGUCUUCAUCGAGGACUUCUAUCAGCGGAUCGCUCCCGCCUUUAUUGUGGUCCUCUCCUGCCGGCGACCCAGUCCCAUGAACUUCUACCGCAACAUUAUGCAGCUGCUCUACGAGAGCGUGGACACGAUGAUCGUUCAGCUAGUCCUGGUCGAGCUCGGUCGUCCGCGUCGGAUCGCCGGUCCCAGGACUCACAAUCUACUGCUGGUGGAUUCGCUGGAUGCACUGCUCGACAUCGAGAUCCACACGUAUACGGCGCAGUCGGACACCAGCGAGUACUACUUUAUCUUCCUGCAGCAGCGGGAUGCACUGAUUCCGCACGAUAUGCAGGGUGUGUUCGCGUACUGCUGGCGCCACCAGUUGAUCAACUGCAAUGUGAUGACGCAGAGUUCCGGUGGCCAGGUGCUGCUCCACACGUACUUCCCUUACGCGCCUGGCCAAUGCAACGAUUCCCAGCCGACCAGGAUCAAUAUGUUUUUGGGCGAAUCGUGGAAGCAUCGCGACUACUUUCCCUCCAAGUUGCAUAACCUCAACGGGUGCCCUUUGAUUGUUUUGGCUAGGAAAGUGUCGCCCUUUUUAGACCUAGAUGAGGGGCAGCGAGAGCUUCGCGGCUUGGAGGGGCGUCUGCUGCAGGAAUUGUCGCGCAGGAUGAACUUUAGCAUACAGUUUUCGGGCUUACAGGAUCAACUGAAGAAUCGCACAACAUGGACGGAGAAACAGUUGCUACAGAAGCUGGUCCAGGAGCGUAUAGCCCACCUGGCGAUUGGUUAUGUGAGGAAGCGCAUCCAGUACGCAACGAAUCUGACGCCCGUGUUUCCGCAUUACUCGAACCGGGUGGUGGGAUGUCUCCUGUUGAAUGCCCACAACCUGACCAGCCUGGAGAUUUGGUCGUUUCCGUUUCAGGCACUCACUUGGAUCUGCCUGGUGUUUAGUUUUUUGAGUAUAUCCUGCCUAGCAUUGCUCCAUUGACGCGGCGCGGGGGAUCGGUUGGCUCUCGUUCUGGCGGUCUAUGCCGCCUCACUUGGCUUGCCCAUCGAUCCCCCUGAGCGGCCGUCGCUGCAGUUGCUCUUCGCCAGUUGGCUGAUUUUUGGCCUGAUCGUUAGAUCCAUGUACUCGGCGCUGUUGUUCUUCAUCCUGCGAUACCAUCUGCACCAGCGAUUGCCAGGAAAUCUGCAGGAUCUAACCCAUGGCGACUAUGCGGCCGUAAUGGGUCGGACCACGUUGCAAGAUCUGAGGGAGGUGCCCAGUCUGCAGGAUCUGCUGGGUCUCAAAUCCGUGAUAGUGACCUCUGAACGGGAGGAGGAGGUGCUUCGCACGUUAGAUCGGUGUACGCUGCGAGAAGGAGCCGGCUCACAUCCACUUUUCUUUGGCCUGAUUUCCCAGGAUGCACUUCUCCAUCUCACCCAACGGGGCCAUCGGGCUGGAGCGUAUCACAUCAUACCGCAAGACGUUCUGGAGCAGCAGCUGGCCAUUUAUCUGCAGAAGCACUCGCAUCUGGCCAGCCACUUGGACCACCUCGUCAUGUCCAUUCGAUCCGUUGGCCUGGUGCACCACUGGGCGGGCCAAAUGGCUAGCGAGCGGUACUUCCGCAGUCGGUUCCUGUACCGGGAGAAGCGCAUCCGACAGCCGGAUCUGUGGGCGGUCUACAUCCUGACCGCAGGACUAUAUCUCCUGUCGCUGGUCGUCUUCAUAUGCGAACUUCUGGCCUCCAGACGAGCAGGGCUCUGA